CUUGUAUCUGUUUUGUUCUCCUGUCUCCAGAAGGACUGGACAUCCAUCUGCACACCAAUCCAGAAGAAAUCUGUUGUGUUCCUCCUUUGGCAGCGGCUUGCAUUCCACACGUUUGAAGAUGCCACUGUCACGGUCGCUGUCCAUGACAUCUUUAAGUGGCGUGCUGCCAGCGUGGGAGGAGGAUGAGCUGCCUGUGGAGGACGUCCUGCUCUUUGAGGUGGCCUGGGAAGUCACCAAUAAAGUCGGAGGAAUCUACACUGUGAUCCAGACCAAGGCUAAAAUCACUGUGGAUGAAUGGGGGGAGAACUAUUUCAUGCUGGGGCCCUACUUUGAGAACAACUUUAAGACACAGGUGGAGGCCUGUGAGCCGCCGAUUCCCAGCAUCCGGAAGGCCAUGGAUGCUCUGAUCCACAAUGGCUGCCAGGUUUAUUUCGGCCGCUGGCUAAUCGAGGGUAGUCCCUACGUGAUCCUGUUUGACAUUGGCUCUGCAGCCUGGAACUUAGACCGCUGGAAGGGGGACUUGUGGGAGACCUGCAGCAUUGGUCUCCCAUACCAAGACAGAGAAGCCAACGACUCACUGAUCCUCGGCUCUCUGAUUGCCUGGUUCUUCAAAGAGCUAACAGACCAGCUCGGAGGCAAGCCGAAUGUCAUCGCUCACUUCCAUGAGUGGCAGGCAGGUCCAGGGCUCAUUCUCUCACGCUCUCGUAAGAUCCCCAUGGCAACGGUUUUCACUACCCACGCAACUCUGCUGGGCCGAUACCUCUGCGCUGGCAAUGUAGACUUCUACAACAACCUUGACAAGUUCAACAUUGACAAGGAGGCUGGUGAACGACAGAUCUACCAUCGCUACUGUCUGGAGAGAGCUGCCGUCCACUGUUCUCAUGUCUUCACCACAGUUUCCCAGAUCACUGCUGUUGAAGCCAAUCACAUCCUGCACAGGAAGCCAGAUACGGUGACUCCCAAUGGGCUGAAUGUGAAAAAGUUCUCUGCCAUGCAUGAGUUCCAAAACCUGCACUCCAUCAACAAAGCUCGCAUCCAGGAGUUUGUCAGAGGACACUUCUACGGACAUCUGGACUUCAACCUCGAGAAAACCCUAUUCUUCUUCAUAGCAGGACGCUAUGAGUUCUCCAACAAGGGUGCAGAUCUUUUCCUUGAGUCGCUUUCCAGGCUGAACUACCUACUGAGGGUACACCGAAAUGAUAUGACAGUGGUGGUUUUCUUUAUUAUGCCAGCGAAAACCAACAACUUUAAUGUGGAGUCCCUGAAGGGGCAAGCUAUACGCAAACAGCUCUGGGAUACCGCUCACACUGUGAAAGAGAAAUUUGGGAAACGCCUGUACGAUGCUCUGUUAAAAGGUCAGAUCCCUGAUAUGAACUCCAUUCUGGACCGAGAUGACUUUACUAUAAUGAAGAGAGCCAUCUAUGCCACACAGAGACACAGCCUCCCUCCAGUGACAACCCACAACAUGCUGGACGACUCAACAGAUCCGAUUCUGAGUAACAUCCGACGAAUCGGCCUCUUCAAUUCCAGGAAUGACCGCAUUAAGAUUAUCUUCCAUCCUGAGUUCUUGUCCUCUACUAGUCCCUUGUUGCCUAUGGACUAUGAGGACUUUGUCCGUGGCUGUAACCUUGGAGUAUUCCCCUCUUACUACGAGCCUUGGGGAUACACACCAGGUGAAUGUACGGUCAUGGGCAUUCCCAGUGUAACCACCAAUCUUUCUGGUUUUGGGUGCUUCAUGGAGGAUCAUGUAUCAGACCCUGCUGCCUAUGGUAUUUACAUCGUGGACCGGCGGUUCCGUUCUGCGGAGGAGUCCUGUAACCAGUUGACUCAGUUCAUGUUCAAUUUCUGCCAACAGUCACGUCGUCAGCGCAUCAUCCAACGCAACAGAGCUGAGAGGUUGUCCGACUUGUUGGACUGGAGAUACCUGGGACGGUUCUACGUACAUGCACGCCACCUUGCACUCAGCAGAGCGUUCCCUGACCAGUUUAAAUUGGACCCAUUGGCCCCUCUGAAGACGGAGGGUUUCCGCUAUCCCCGACCUUACUCGGUGCCCCCCUCUCCCUCGGCUUCUGUCCACUCCACGCCCCAUCACAGUGAUGUGGAGGAUGAUGACGAUGAGUCCUACGAUGAAGAUGAGGAGGCCGAAAGGGACCGGCUGAACAUAAAGGCUCCUUUUGUCCUAGGUGCUGCGCCGGAGGGCAAGAAGAAGCAACCAGGAGAAUCAGGGAACUGACACGCUGCCUACCUGAUUCCCAGAAAUAACAUAAGCAGGGUGAGAUUAGACUUUUUCAUUUUUUAUUGUGUUGCUGAUCACUUACAUCAGGGGUGUCCAAACGUUUUUCAGCGACAGCUACAUACAGAAAAAUUUAAGGAUGCCGGGGCCACUUUUAAUUGACAUUUUGUACAUUAAAGAAGCUAAAACCAUUCCCGCGUAGGUCAAUAAGCCAGGGGUCCUCAGCCCGUUGACUGCAAUCGACCAGUUGCUGGUAUAUAUCAGGAAAUAUAAAUGCAUUAGAGUGACCAGCAGAUAUACAUUGUGACAUCUGAACACGCCCGUACAUCUCAUGGCUCUCCAGGAAUGCACCCUGCCAGCCUCAGUCCUGAGUCCAGUCCCCCUGAGACCCAAAGGUGCCAGUGUACGCCACACGGGCUCGCAACAAACUCCCACUCUCCUCUCAACCACCAUUGCUCACCCAUGACAGGAAGCCGUCACGUGCCAAACCUUGACAAAGAGCCACAAAAGCAGGGGUGCUCAAAGUGUGGCCCAGGGGCCAUCCGCGGCCCAUGGCUCAUUUGUCAUUGGCACACUGUAGAAAAAAAUGUUAACAAAAAAAAAAACAGAGCAAAAGGCACAAGCCGCCAUUAACCAAUACUAAGACAAGGUAGAUCGUGGUUGAGUCCUGUCCGAGACUUUGGGCUCAAAAACGUUGGUGGCCACUGUGCUAAGCUAUGUAUACUAAACAGUGUUAAAGGUGACAAAGCAAAUUAAUGUAAUUAUAUAUCUCAAUAAUUAAUUCAUUUUAUUUUUACAAUAUGUUGAGGGCCAAUAAAAAAUGAGCUAUGGGCCCAAAAUGGCCCCUGGGCCGCACUUUGGACACCGCUGACUUCUGCUUACCUGCUUCCCUAAAAAUGUUUCACUCAGAUAACUUUGCACUUGACUCUAUUAGGGAUACAUAUUAAAGUAGUCAUUUUUGUCUAACCAGGAAAAAAAGUAAUGAUGUGCUCUACAAGCCACACGCAGAAGUGGUAAAUGCAGUGGAACCCGUUUAGGCUGACGUAAAACUAGCCAUCGCUUGCACAUUUACUUGUGACUUGUGACUUUGGCCAGAGACACAAGAAACUGCGCGAUAAUAAAGUCCUUUUUUGAGCCUAUGGUAGUUUGUUGACAUUGUUUCCCUCCAUUUGUGCUUGCUUUUGUGCAAAAAGUUACAUUUCUGCUUUUAUCAGGCUUGACCCUCAGCGCAGAGCGGUUUGUAUGUAUUGAUUUUGCCAUUUUGACAGAACUACAAAGCUGCUUUUGGAAAAACAAGCGCAUGAUCAUGACGACAAUAAUGACACAUAAACAGGUUUUUCAGAGAAAUGAACCCUUUGGGUCUCACAUUUUAGUGUUUGACCAAGUAUGAUGAGGUCGACUUAAGCAGGCACUUUUUAGUAGUAGGUAGAACACAGUGGACUGGGACUUGAUGACUUAGUCAACGUACUGUAUACUGUAUAUAGGUUGUCCACAUACAACUUAAACGGGUUCCACUGUAAAUGUUAGGCCCAAAAAAGUAUGGAAUUUGAUGUAUUUUGCUAAUGCUCCGAAAUCAAUCAGAAUAUCUAUGUACGGUAUGUUGGGCUGUAAAUACCAUCUUGUACUGAAAUUACCGAAGCUUAGCUAUGUACGAGCAAAGAAUGACUUUUCAUUUGAUCUAUUGUAUUUGUAUGUGCUAAAGGUCAGUGGAAUUGAUCUGGCACCAAAUCUGACUAAUACAGGUUGAGGAUGAUAUCGCUGUAGCCGCAACAAUGUGGAAGACAUCAUUAAGUGUACGAGAAAAGUUGUAAUGUUACAGAAUCAAGUGUUAAUAUUACAAGAUAAAUGCUGCAAUAAUGGCUCCCGCUGUGGUUCGCUGGUGUCUCCACGCUUUACAAAUGGCUUUCUAACAUGAUCUGAAACAUUUAAGUGUGGCAAACAUUCAAACAAAGAAGAAAUCGGGAAGGGGGCAAACUCUUUCUCACACCACUGUUAAUUGUGCACGUGUCCCUGUCUUAAAAAAAAAAAUAAUAAUGCUGGCCAUGCGAAGAGCAGUGCAACUUGAAAUAAUAUUUUUAUUGUCGUUUAUGAAAACAUCACGCUUGAAAUAUACUCAGGGUAAUUCACACAAUGUACAAAAACAUCUUUUCUUCUCCAGCAGUUUUAUAAGGGAGUACUCAGAAGUAUUCUCUCUUCCACACCGGCAUCUCCUGAAAGUACACUUUGUCCGGGUUUUCAUCUGCUGCAAAAACAAGAAAAACGUCAGCAUCUCAAUAUUUCUAAUAUGCAUCCGUCCAUUUUCUAUACCGCUUCUCCUAAUUAGGGUGGCGGGGCCAUGCUGGAGCCUAUCCCAGCUGACUUCGGGGACAGGCGGGGUGCACCCUGUACAAGUCGCCAGUCAGUAGCGGGGCAUAUUUCUAAUAUGAUAUUUGUAAUAUUUCUAUUGAUGUUAUAUUAAUUAAUAUUUCAGUUGCCGGGUAGCAUCAGUGUAUCCAAACUGUGUCCUUCGCCUGCAGAUGUCAUCAUAUAUUACAUUCUGAUUUCGAAAAUACUGUGGAACACGCUUAAGUCUGCCCCGUGCCCGCUGAAGUCAACGUCGACAUACAUGGUCGACCACUUUUGCCAACAUAAAAUGUCCCGAAAGGGGUCGUUUCUAUGAAAAAUGAGUCAUGUGUUGUAGCGUUGUUAACUUCAUCAAUGUCGGUAAGCAGCAUGAAACGACAACAGCAACAUAACUACUGCAUUGAACAGCUUGUGUCGAGGUGAGUCAGCCAAUCCGAAGGUGCGUCAAUGUAACUUCCGCUAUAAGUGCGUUUACCUUGCAACAAAAUGUUUUAUUGUUCAGUCUACAAGGUAAAGCUCUUACUGCACGCUUAAGACUAAAUUAAGCAUGUAAACCUGCUUCCUUUGCCAUCUGACGAUCUUUUAACCGCUACGUUAUAGCGACUUGUUUUGCCCGAGUUCUGUCUCUCAUUCAAGUUUGUCUAACCAUAGACGCUACUCCCACCUCCAUCCCUGGACUGCUGCAAAAAGUUGAGUAAAAUAGUGGCGGCUUGGUCCACACUCAGCUUCUCUGUAUUCUGGCUGCGGGUCUCUGAAAGUCAAAAACAUCACAUGUACCCUUUCGAACCUUCAACCCUGCAAUUAUACUGCACCAAAACCGUAUUUUAUUUAACAUUUUCUGCUUUAAUAUACAUUACUUUAAUAUAUAUAGAGCCAUUAGUUACUGGUAUAAAACCAGCCAAAGAAGAAGAAUUCUAAAACAUUCAUUCAUUUUCUGUGCUGCUUAAUCCUCACUAGGGUCCCGGGUGUAUGCUGGAGCCUAUCCCAGCUGACUUUGGGCGGAAUUCUAAAACAUAAUAUAUGAUUAUUUAUAUAGUAUGUACUGUAUAUAAGUAUAUACAAUAGGAUUAAAUAUAUCAAGAUAAUGUAUUAUAUUAAAAUAAUAGUAUAUUACACAGUUGUAGUUUUUCCUAAAUAACAAUUAUUAUAUUAAUAAUUAUUAUUUUAUUUUAAUUCAUUUGAUUGACAAAAAUCAUUAUAAUUCCUUCAAUUAUUUAUAAAAUCAUUAUUAUUAAUAAUAUUUUUUUUUUUUAUAAAUAACUUACUAAAAUAAAAAAAAAUGGUUUGUAAUGGGCUAUAAUAUUUCCAUGAGAUUACAUUUUUUGUUUUUAUUUGACCAGUUUGGGUGCAUUUCCAAAUACUAUACAGUAAAGGGGUUCAUCUUUGAAAUUGUUAUUUUAAUUUAUAAAUAAUUAAAAAUGAAUUAGGUACGAGAGAAACAUUCCAAAGUGGAGUAUCAUUGUAUUUAUUAAAUGUAGUAAAAUGCGACUGUACCUAAGUGUAAUGUGUCAUACACGUCUCCCUCUUUUCGGUCCUCUGAGAUGAACCUGCGUCCUUCUGGAAAAAAAAAGUGCACGUUAUUGAAAACCAGCGGGUUGGAUCUUGCAUAAAAACACUUCUAAUGCAAUCCAAAUACUGGGAUACGUGUGAGCAGAGCUACAUACGAGUGCCUUUCAGGUACAGCAUAGCCUGCGGGGUCCAGUUUCUCCUUUGGAAAGAACCCUUCAAGGGAGAAAUAAAAUCGUUGUGAUUUCUACUUUGCAUUGAAUAAAAAUGCGUGUUUGUUCUCAGUCUUGAGGUGUUUUCAUUGAUUGUGGCUUUAAAAAAUAUGUAUAUGUAUGUGGUAUAUAUAUAUAUUUCUAAAAAUCAGCCUGGACACACAUCAUAUACAUAUAUUAUACAAAAAAUAUUUACUCAUUAAGAAUUAAUUAAAAGAUUAAUAAUAACAAAUUAUAUAUUUUUUAAUUAUAUUAAAAAAUAUGAAUAAAUAAUACAUACAUCAUACAUUUCUAUUAUUAUUAUUUUUAAAAUAAUUGUAUGAAAAAUGCCUUUAUUUUCGCCUGUGUGUCCAUACUUUAGGGACACCCUGCAUGUGUGUAUAUGUAUAUAUGCAGUAUAUACAUACAUACAUACAUAUGUAUAUAUUUGUUUGUUUUUAAUUAGCAAUCAACAAAAACACCUCCAGAUUGAGAACAAAACCAUGUAUAUUUCAUUUGUAUGUGUAUAUACAGUAUAGUGUAUGUACUGUAUCUAUGUAUAUAUACAUAUGAUGUAUAUUAAUAUUACCUUUGGUGCACUCCAGGUUUGCGUGGCAAAUGCAGCCAGUAAGAGCGUAACAUAAGUUAAAGUGAUGGUCUUCAAACCCUGCAGGAGAGAAAAACAUCAUUUCAAUACUCAAUAGCAAUAAAAUAUCAUGUAAACUGUGGAGGAGACGCCAUGUCUACAGCUUAUAUACUCACUUUGUGUCAUAUGCCAUGUACAAUGUUUUUUGGGGUAUAAAGUGAGCGCAAAAUCUUAGAAUAUGUGCAGUUUUACACUGCAAAAUACCAGCAAAUAUUGUUAAUUGUUCAUUGAAAGGGUCUUACCUUCAUGGUGAAAGUUCUGGCAUGCAGAAUAGGAGCAGAGAAGGGUGAAAAGGUCCCGCUUUGCUUGUGCUGCGCAUCCUCCUUGUUGUAUUUAUAUUAUCAAGGUGGGGGGUGGGGGUGGGGACGCCGGCAAGCGAUAGGUCACGUCGAUGUGUUGAACGAAUGAAUGGACGCCACCCAUCCAUUCAGCUUUGUUCAUUGACUGGGUGCGCGCCACUGUAAAUAUUUCUGAAUUAAAAACGCGUCCAUAAGCAGUUCUCUCCCUCUCUUAGCAGACAGCGCCGUUCUUCACAAUGAUGGCAUUGCAGCGGUCAAUAGCAUCAACAGUAAUAUUGUAGAAAUACCGACGUGUGUCCCAUGCGCACAGAAGCAAACAUAGAUAGAUGAAAGAUGAACCUUAUGGACUCAAACGAGAGAUGGUGUUUGCCUGCAGUUCGGCUUCAGAGUUUAGAGAUAUGCAGUCCUGCAGGUUGUUGUCAAGCGCAAUUUGCCAAACUAAUGUGCGAGGUGACAUUUCACUUGUUUUUAAAACUUUGAUCAGGAGUGUACAUACAGUAAGUAUUCACAGCCUUUGCUAUGAAACUUUAAAUUGAGCUCAGGUGCAUCCCGUUGCCGCUGAUCAUCCUUGAGAUGUUUCGACAACUUCACUGGAGUCAACCUGUGUUGCUGCAAAGAGGAACGGGCGUAACUGCCCAAUGACAGGCGUGUCAAGCUCGCGGCAUCAUAUUCAAAAAGACUGACUCAAAAAGAGGCUGUAAUUGCUGCCGUGGGUGCAUCAACCAAGCAUUGCGCAAAGGCUGUGCGUACUUAUGUACAUGUAUAUUCUUAAUUUUUUUAUUUUCUAAUACAUUUGCAACCAUUUCAGAAACCUUUUUUCAUGUUGUCAUGAUGGCAUGUUGGUAGAAUUUAUGAGGAAUUUUAAAGCUAAAAGACCAAUAGCGAUAUUUUGUAGCCAGUUUUAUAUGAAUGAAUUCAAGAAAUGUAGUAAGAACAGUUGAAUUGUAAUAUUUGACAACCUAUUAUAGCAUUGUAAUUGUGAAAUGGCUUUUAAAUGACCUUUUAAAACCACUACAAAAUGUUUCCUAUAUGUCAUUUAGGGACAUAAUGACUUCAAGUCGAGCACAAAGCUGCACUGGACACAUUUUGCCACAUGUAAAGUGUUCUUAUGGGUUAAAUAAUUCAUAAGGUGAUGCAACAUCAAGGACUGUACGAUUUUGAGUAUGGGUUGGCGAUUCCACUCCCAGGAUCUGUUCGUAUGUUUAUUAGUGUCACAAUCUGGUGUAACAUCUAAUAAAUAAUGACUUUAGUUUAUGUUUAGAAUAUGCUGAGGGCCAAUAAAAAAAACAAUGCAGCGGGCUGAAAAUGGGCCCCAGGCCGCACUUUGGACACCCCUGACUUACAAGAACAGUAAUUGUGUCUUUACAAAGAUAAUAAUGUUUGAUUAACACUAUCUGGAAGGUAUCAAUUUCACAGUAUGCAUGUUAUUAGGAGGUGUUUCUAAUACUUUUUUCUAAUACAAAAAAAAGAUGCAAACACAGUGGUGAAUGUAUACAUUUAUAUUGUAAUAAUCUCCAAAACAUAUUGGAUAUGUAUUCUUUUGAACUCUUGGUUCUUCAGCUACAAUAUGUGUCGAAUGUAUUCAUUAUAUUUCACCAACAAAGACGAAUGAAGGAUUAGAAUAAACGAUCUUGGUAGUAAGAUUUGGUCAUUUUGUUCAAUUUGGUAGUAAGGCUGUCUUGGUUGAGCUUCACAUUUAAAAGCCAAGUUGUGAGAAGGGGUGUAACGGGACGCCCGGCUCACGACACACGAGAUAGGGUGAACGAGAAUGAGACCAGACGAGAUUUUAACAUUAUUUUUUUUAAUAAGUACUGUAUAAUGUAAAAAUACACAGGCUUUUUAAUUGAACUCAGCCACAAAACAAUGCAAGUGCAUUUUGAAACGUUUGUCCCGUUUGUUAUAAUUUAUAUUCAGUACAGGACAAAAAUUUGGACACGCCGUCUCCUUGAAUGUGUUUUAUGUUCAUGAAUAUUUACAUUCUAGAUUCUCAAAACUCUGAAUGAACACAUGUGGAAUUAUGUACUUAACAAAAAAAGUGUGACAUAACGCUGUGUCUCAUAUUUUAUGUUUUUAUACAUUUUUUUGGAUAGCGCUGCAAACUUGGUGUCUCUCAAUGAUCGUCAUGAGGUAGUCACCUGAAAUGGUUUACACUUCCCAGGUGUGCCUUGUCAGGGUUACUUAGUGGAAUUUCUUGCCUUAUUAAUGGGGAUGGCACCAUCAGUUGUAUGUGUCCAAACCUUUGGCCUGUACUGUAUACAUACUAUAGCUCACAAUAAUGCAGUAUUUCCUUUAAUGUCAUCUUUCACUGUUGAAAAGUUGUGGAAUUGGCAUUUGUGACAUGCAUUUUCUCACCGCUGAUUUGCGCUGUCUGUCAAAGGAAUGCUGGCUUUUCAAGCGUAUUAAAGAGCAUUUCUUUUGAGAGGACACUUUCUCUGAGUUCACACUAUUUUGCACCGUUAGUAUUUACUUUGUAGACCAAGCAUCUCAGUGAGUGUUUACUGUUGGGACAAAGGCUCUGCAUCUACGUGUGUUUUAUUCCUCGAUGGGAAAAAUGGGUUAUGUUUUCGGUGGGGAAGUUUGCAUUGCGUUUUUGUUGCCACCACUUUCUGACAAAUUCAGCACACUGGCUCGUCCGUGUUGAUGGGCUUACCUGUAUAUUACCUUGCACUGCCCUCACCAAACGGUCUUAUACUAUGUGUACGCUUGUUCAAACUUAAUUUGUUUCAUGGAGCAAACGCUGAAAACAAGCAGAGUGAACCUUCUUUCUGAGGCAAGAGAAGAGGAAAAACACACACAUGAAUGUGGCAAUAUAUCGAGGCCGGCAAAAUGAUCAUAUUUCAUUUGUGUGAUUUAUGGCGAAAUCUCGUCACGUUUUAAUCUUGUGACUCCUGUAGUUGAGUGUAAAACAAGUAAAAUACUGUCUUUGCUUCUUAGAGGGGAUAAAAGUGCUAUUUUUCCCCCCCACAUUGCUAUUGUAUUCACAAAAUGAAAUAAAUCCACACUGCCAUUUUGUGCAUUACCUUGAAAUAAGUAACAGUAACACAUUUGUUUAUUUAACCACUGGAUGAUAAUAAUUAUCAAACCAAAAAGGAAAAAAAGUGACAUUUUUCUUUCCCUUUCCAUUUUGUCACAAAACAUUAUUUUACUCGUACAAUUAACUUUUUUUCAGAAGGCCUGCAGCUACAGCAAACUCUCAAAGCAAAUAAACCAAAGUUCAUCAGAGUUUGCAAGUAGCUCCGAUACUGUGACGAUGAGCUGAAAACAAAAAUGUCCAGCUCAUUAUGAAAUACGAUGAAACCAAAACUAAAAGUACAAACAUUUAAGCAGACAUACACAACUCGGCUGAUCAGACAGAAAGCAGGCAGCCAUGAACAAAACACACCCAAUAAGCUCUACUGCUUUACUCUGUAGCCCUCAUUCGCCACAUGCCUGCAUAAACCGUGUGUGUGUGUGUGUGUGUGUUGUCUAUGACCAACAAGUCAGCCAUAAUUUCCAUAUUAGUUCCUGACAGACGGAGAUGCUCUUGACUCUGCUCCUUGCUGGGGCCUGAUACCACAACCCGGACCACCGUUCCUUCUGUUUUUUGCAGCCUCUUCUGUGCAUUUUCCAAAUCAUUUUUCAUCAUUUUUUUGCUUUAGACUUUUAUCUCAGGAGGUGUUGUAUAGAGCUGCUCUGUGUUCUCUGCCCCGAGGUCCUCUGAGGAGGCACACAAAACAGAAGACAGAAUUAGUAUGGAGAAUUGCAUGUUGAAGAAAAAUGCUGAAAAAAUAGUGACACACUUGCGUACUUACAUUU